UCUUUUCAACCAAGCAAGCAAGGAAGAAGUUGUCUUCGGUUUCUCUCUCUAGAAAAAAGCAAGAAAGAGAGAGAAAGAUGUUUGGAUACGAGCGAGUGGGUGCGAAGGAGCUAGAUCUAGAGGCAGGGAAUGGAGAGACCUUGUUCCCGGGGAUGAGCUUGGGUGAGAACCAGCUGCGAUGGGGUUUCAUACGCAAGGUCUACGGUAUUCUUGCCGCUCAGAUCAUCCUAACAACCGCCGUAUCUGCCGCCACCGUACUCUACGCCCCGCUCACCAACCUACUCCAGGGAUCCUCUGGCCUCUUUCUCUUCCUACUCUUCCUCCCCUUCAUCCUUAUAUGGCCCCUACAUGUGUACCACCAAAAACACCCUGUGAACUUGGUCAUUCUUGGUCUAUUCACCGUGUCUCUGAGCUUCACUGUUGGAAUGACCUGUGCUAACACAGAUGGAAGGAUUGUGCUUGAAGCAUUGAUUCUAACUGGAGCUGUGGUUUCCUCCCUUACUGGGUACACAUUUUGGGCCGCUAAGAAGGGCAAAGACUUCAGCUUCCUUGGACCAAUAUUAUUCACCAGUCUUAUUAUCCUCAUCUUAACUGGUUUUAUCCAGAUGUUCUUCCCUCUUGGCCCAACCUCGGUUGCUGUUUAUGGUGGGAUUAGCGCUUUGAUUUUCUGCGGUUAUAUAGUCUAUGACACCGAAAAACUGAUCAAGCGCUUCACAUAUGAUGAGUAUAUUUUGGCCUCGGCUACUCUCUAUUUGGACAUUUUGAACUUGUUCAUCUCCAUCUUGCGGGUACUGAGGCAGGCAAACAAUUAGCUGUACGGUACUCUCACAGCUGGGGUAACAUGAGUCCAAAAUAUGUUAAUUCGAGAUGCAUCUUCAUCUUAAAUUGAAACCAAGUGUGGAGAAACUUUAUUGUGUACAUGGUAUAUGCUCUGGACUGUUGUACCGGUUCUAGUUAGACUGCUGCCUCUUGCAGAUUACUUAGUCUCGUGUUUUUCUGAAUCAGGGUGUGGUCGUUUGGCUGAAUAAAUAAGUGCUGCAAACAGCCAUAUGGCUACACAACUUGCAGUUUUCUGUUUUAUGGAAUUUUUGUUGUUCUA